AUGAAUAAUAAUUCGAUUGUCGACCUUACCAUCUCUUCCCCGCCGUCGUCGGUGGGCCAAAGCUCAUCGAACAUGUAUGUUCAUCGGCCGAGGAAUGAGUUACCGUUCGAUGUCCCAGAGGGCCCUAGAUCUCUUAAACGACGUCGACUAGAUAAUUCUUCCGUCGCUGGGCCUUCAUCUCAUACACCGCAUCAGAAUCACCAGCCCAGAACCUCAGAGAAUGACCCAAAUAUCGAGUCGAUCGACCUCACAGAAGUGAACGACAAGUCAUCAUUGGCGAAAGCUCUCUUAAAACAACGUGAAGAUGCUGCGAAGUCAGAGCAUACAUCUGUCGAUGCGGGCAGCCGAUCAGCUCUGGCAGCGUAUAAAUGCCCUGUGUGUAUGGAUACUUGCACUGAUGCGACAUCUACCAUUUGUGGACAUCUUUUCUGCCAUAAAUGCAUUGUCGAUACGCUUCGAUUUGGCGAGGAAAGAGCGGCUCAUGAUGGACAUGGGAAAACACCUCGUGGCAGAUGUCCCGUCUGUCGGCAAGCACUCUCUCGAUUAGAUACCCCGGGGCCAAAAAGGAACCUUGUUCCCCUACAAUUAAGCCUUAUGACGAGGAAGCGAUCCUGA